UUUCAGGGAGGCUGUAGGAAAGCAGGCUGUGUAAGUACUGAAACAACAUUGAGUUGCUCGGAAAGAAAAUUGUGAAAUUUUUGGCGAGUCUAAGACGAAGAAAUACGAACUACAAUGUUUUUGGAAAUGCAAACACGACUGAACAUCGAACAUUCCUUAACAGCAUCUUAGACGAGUUGAAAGACCUCUUCAUCUCUUCCGCAGCGAUUCCUGUGCAUUUUAACGUAAUAAGAUAACUGUUGCAGUGCUGGUCAAGGUUCUGAUUCUGACAAUUAUAUUAGUUUCACUCUUCUUUGUACAAAAUUAUGAUGAAAAUACUAGAAAAGAUAGAUAUUUAUCAAAUGCAACUUCGUAAUUUACUAAACACCGUGACGAUUUCGACAAGGUGGCUUAAUUUUUCAUACUGUAGUCUCAAAUUAUUUUGGCACUUAACACUUCAACUCCAAAAAUAUUAUUACGUAUUCACUCUCUCGUCUGGUUACUACGCGUUACCCUGUAAAUUAUUUAAGAUAAUUUAAUGUUAUAUUAAGGUUACACCCUCAAGCUGAUGAGUUUGUCUAUUCUCCUCACCUACCCACUGGAUAAUGAAUUGAAAUUGACAGAGAAGUUAAAUGUUAGUUAUUUCUGGGAGUAAGGGAAAUAAAUCAGAUGACGCAUAGACAUGAAAGGUUCUCUUCGGAAUUUUAAUAUGUAAAUAUAAAACUACUCGGGCAUUCUUACUUCUGGACGAUCUGGAAAGGAAUUUAUCCUUUUGUUUUCAUGAUCCACACUGUGAAUACAUCAUUACAUACCUUCUUUACACAGAUGAAAAAGAUGAAGAUCUUAAUAAUAUUAUUUUUGGUGAUAAAAGGAACGUCGGCGCAAAGUUGCAAGGAAGGCUCUGUAGAACACGACCAUCUUGGUCAGCGUCGCACGUGUCGUGGCGGGAAAUGGAGCGCGCCUUGCCGCGUGCGGCGAGAAUGGAACGGAAUGCUUCCUGGAGAGAGGUACCGUUUCAUAAGCACACUAAAAAAGGCAUCAACAAGAUCUGAUUAUCGAAACCUUGUCAUCAGACACACAAAACAGUUCAGUAAUAUUCAUAACAACAGGCAGUUCCUCCCUUGGCAUCGCUGGUAUUUGUUGCAGAUGGAGAACAUUCUUCGUAAAGUGGACCCAAUUGUGACGGUGCCCUAUUGGGACUGGAGUCUAUGGUCCGGGGCACCCUGGUUGGAUAAGGUCAUGAGCACGUGGAGCAAUGCACCAUGGGGCUUAGGAAGCAAUGGUGGAAGAGAUGGUUGUGUGUACAACGGACCCUUUGGGAAACGGCAUUUUACGCUGACAAGCGGAGGAUGCCUCAAGAGAAAUUUCAAUGGUAAUCCCCCAGACUGCAUAGCAGUUCAUAAAUGCCUGCGCAUCCUCUCCAACAAGUUCACCGACUUCGAAAUGACACUCCGUGACACCUUGCAUAACAACAUGCAUUGUAGGAUUGGUGGUAGAGGCGGGACCAUGUGCAGCAGGCAGUCAGCCAAUGCCCCAGAAUUCCUCUUGCACCACGCAUUCACCGACAAACUCUGGUCUGAUUGGCAGAAGAAGGGAACCCGAUAUAAAAAUGCUUACUUUCCAGGGACCAUUUAUCUCUACGGAGUGUCCCCCCGGCUCAGGCCUCUGAACUUGAUGGAUCUGUCCAGACAGCCCGGCGGGGUUUGUGUGACCUAUGACGACCCUCCUCAUGAGAACUACAAAUUAUGUCACGAGCAACUUGCCAGUCUAAGCUUAGCAGAGAUUGACGCUAUUCCCAGACAGAAGUUCACACGCCUUAGUAGUCUGGAGUUCGACUUGUUCAUGACAAGGAAGAGGGAGAAGGCGCAAGUAAACAGAGAAAUGAAUGACCUUGAACCCAAGCACGUCUUGUCGAAAAGCACCAAAUUGAAUUCUCAGGACAAUCAAUUGGGCUUCAAGGCAGAGGAUGUCAAAGAAGCUAUAAAAAGAAAGAAGAAGAAGAGAGAAGAAAUAAUCAUGAAAUCAAAUUUCCAUUAGCCGACAGAAAAUCUGAACAUCAUUGACUACAGAAGGUCCUAUGAAGGGACUGUCAUUCAAGUGGGAUUAGCUCUUUGUGUAACAGACUCCUUAUAAAACCCCAUUUUUAUAUCCUCUAACAGAGAAAUACUCAAGAAAAAAGAAACAUGAUGGUUUCUGUAUGUGUACAUUAAGACAUGAAUCAGUCCCUCAAUAAACUU